UCACUUGCUUGCGGUGCUUUAGAGGGCUUUGGCUUCUCUCUGUUACGCAGAACUGUUUUAGGGUUUCUAAAGCCACCAAACCAAAUUUAGGGUUUAAGAGGAACAAUAGAGCUACUAGAUCGAAUCGACUAUGUCCAAAAUAGAAGGAUAUAAUACGUGCCCACCGGAUUGCACGUGUCUUAAUAUGAUUCGAAAGGACACGUAGUUAUUAUACCAGAGUGCAUUCAAACUGGGAGGAGGCUGCAUAGACAAUUCCAGCGUUCGGGCUUCGGCAGAGAGCAAGUAACGCUUCGCGUAUUCGGAAUUUCAAGAUGGGAAUGGGAUGGAUUGGACAAAAAGUGGACUCUCUCAAAUCAAUCAAGAUCAGGCAGCAUCUCUCUCAAGCGAUCAAUAUUGGAGUGAUAUUUACAUUUGCGCUGAUGAUAUGGAAGGUUGUGAUGUGCAUUACCGGUAGCCAAUCACCGAUCGUUGUUGUGCUCUCCGGAAGCAUGGAACCUGGCUUCAAAAGAGGUGACUUAUUGUUCUUAAACAUGGGCAAAGAACCCAUUCGUGCAGGAGAAAUUGUGGUGUUUAAUCUAGAGGGAAGGGAUAUUCCAAUUGUACAUCGAGUUAUUGAGGUCCAUGAGCGUAAAGAUACUGGAGAAGUUGAUAUUCUCACAAAAGGGGACAAUAAUCCUGUGAACGACAGGGGGAUGUAUGCUUACGGUCAGUUGUGGUUGCAGCGGCAGCAUGUCAUGGGGAGAGCUGUGGGGUCGGUGCCUUACGCUGGUUGGAUGACCAUCAUCAUGACUGAAAAGCCCAUUAUCAAGUACGUACUUAUAAGCGUCUUGGUGCUGAUGGUCUUGACAUCGAAGGAUUAGGUAACAGAUUUGAACUUCAAGACAUAACGGUGAAAAAAGUUAAGACAAGCUUAAUCCCAACACAGAAUUUCAAGAUUAAGAGUAGACACUUCCAAUUGUUAAGACUGUUUAUUGGAAUGAAUAAUUUGAUACCAGAUUACAUGCACAGCGUCUGCUAAUUAUAAAUUUUGGUGAAGGAAGUGUGUUGCAUUUAUCUUUUGUCCCAAAAAUAUGAAUAUGGUGAAGCUUGCUUGUA